UCCUCUUCUCUAAUCUCAACAAAGAAAACGUUUCAAAAGGAGAAGAAAGACAAAUCUUGUAACAUAUUCAAUCAAAUGGCGACCAAGGCCAUCUUCUUCUUUGUCUCCGCCUUGUGCCUGUCGUCUCUAGCCGGCAAGGCUAUGGCCGACGCCGAUGAUUUUGACAGUUUCAAAAUUCAGGGAUCGGUUUACUGUGACACAUGCCGUGUCCAGUUCGUUACCCGUCUCAGCAAAUUCCUUGAAGGAGCAAAAGUGAAGCUAGAGUGCAGGAGCAGAACAAACGGAACCGUGGCGUUGACAAAGGAAGCCGUGACUGACAAAUCAGGCAGCUACACGAUGGAAGUGACCGGUGACCACGAGGAAGAAGUCUGCGAGCUCGUUCUCCUCCAAUCACCUGACAGUGCUUGCAGUGACGUCAGCCAAGAUGCUUACUUACGCAACGCCGCUAAGGUUAGCCUGACGGCAAAUGACGGUAUCGUCUCUCAUGAGACACGUAUCGUUAACCCUCUCGGUUUCAUGGUUAAGACGCCGUCAGCUGAAUGUCCCGCCGCUUUUAAGGAGCUCGGGAUCGUUCCUGACGUCACCUUCUAAAUAUGAUGACAACCUCUAUCUCAUAAAUCGUUAUUAUAACUGCCAUCAUCUAUUGUUUGUUUUCUUAUAUAUAAAAGUGUAAUUUGAUAAAAUACAAAAAAAGGGGGUAAUUCAAAUAAUUUAUUAUAAUUUUUCGAGCA